UCCUUCCUUCCUUCCUUCCUUCUUCUGAAGACUCAGCCCCCCCUCAUCCACCCACCUUCCUUCACCUCUACACUACACACAAACACACCCCUCCAACCUGAAAACCCUCGUCUGGCUGUUUGACGGCUCGCACUCUCACGCGGAGUCCAGGUUUUUUGUUAAGUCGCCUCUGUGAUGGAAAGCAGAGAGGAGAUGGUGAUGCUGGCAGAGGGAGGUCAGCUGAGCAAGAGCGGCUCGAGUUUACCAGAAGCCGUCGAGAGCCCCGAGCAGCGAGACCAGCAGCUGGGGAAGCCGGGCCACAGGGGCUGUCUGAGCCCCGGUGCUGCUGCGCCCUACUCCAGAGACAGGACGGAGGGGAUAGUGGAGGAAAGCGCACGGAGGAAUUUGUGCGCAGACAUGAGGCCGGUUGGCACGUCUUCCUCCGGGGAGAGACACCGGACUGAUCAUCUGCACAAAGACGGCAGCAGCUCAGACACAGAGUCGGACUUCUACGAGGAAAUUGAUGUAAGCUGCACGCCUGAAAGCAUGGACUUCCCGACUGCUAAAGGUAAGAGCUGCGUGCACUGCGGCUUUUUCUGUCACUGCAUGCCUGAGCGAAAUGACACCAACGUGGGUAAUACGUAACAAAAUAUCAGAGUACAUCCACACACUGACUGAAAACAUACAAAUGUGCACAGACAUCUAAAAGAUUUUGCACUUAGCCUGUAGACCAGCUGAAGAUACGUGCAGUGUGUGCUGCACAGCUGUUCUGUCAAGUGACCAGUGUGGCUAGAAACACGCUGAGGUGACACCCACAAUCUAACCAGGCAUUUUCCCCUCUGACUUUAACAAUUCAGGCAAAUCAGCCUCUAUAUGAAGUCUAUAUUUACAACACGAGGAGGAAUGCAGGAUUUUAUAUAAACCACAAGAAAUAAAAAAACAGAAAAAAGGCCACUGACAUGAGAACCUGCAGGAUUUAUGUGUCAUGCUCAUCGAUGUAAAGACUCAAGAUUGUGACUAUAUAUAAUGAAUCUAAAUUUAGUUAAACUAUAGAUUUCAUCGAGGGGGUUGUUAGGCUGAAAUUAAAAUUGUGUCGAACCAAACGAACGACCGUGAAAUACGUAGAUGUUGUCUCUCAACCUGAAUAAUGAUUUUAAAAAAUCGAAAUAUUGGAAUAAAGUAAAAUAUGUUGACAGGAUGUUGAAAAGCCUGAACAAAAACAGGUGAACUGUCGAGCAUGAAGGCCCUUAACAUCAAUACAGUUAAAAUAAUAACAAUGUAAUGACGAACUCUGAUGAAAACAGAAAAUUGAAAAUAAAAAAUAAAGAUAAAUUCUAAAUUAAAAUAAUGUUUUUCCAAAUUAAUCAUUAUAUCGAAUUAAGCUCAAAAGUGGACACUUUUUCAUUCACUCUCGUCUGUCUUUUGCUUGAUUACAGGUCGGAGUGGAGAUUCUCCAUGUCACCCUAAUGAGUCCAGUGCCGACCCGUCUAAGAUGGUCUCGGGUCAGGGUUCCCUGUCCUACUCAGCAGAUCAGAUUCGUCGAUACCGGACAGCUUUCACCCGGGAGCAGAUCGCCCGACUGGAGAAGGAAUUUUACCGCGAGAACUACGUGUCCAGGCCGCGGAGAUGCGAACUGGCGGCCGCCCUAAAUUUACCUGAGACAACCAUCAAGGUGAGGAUAGUGUGCGUAAGAGGAGCAGGGCUCGGUUAAGGCCUGCAGCUGGGGAUACAGACUGAUAUCCUGGUAGACUAAAGUAAAUUUUAAAGGUUCAAUAUUACGAUGCAGCAGAUUUUUUUUUUCAAUUAAGAUUCAAAUUGUCAGUAUUUUACACGAACAUAUAAGAGAAAAGAGCAGGUAGCCAAGAAAAACUUGAAAAGUAGAAGCUGAAAGUGUUUGGAGAAAGCAAGGGCUGUUUUAUUAUUUCACUUAAAUAUUUUGUUCUCACAAAGCUUUGUCGAAAAUGUCAUUAAUGUCAUGUUAUUCCUUAAAAAUAUUACAAAAAGUUAAAUGUCACCAUUCUAUUAAAAAAAAGGUAAACUACAAAUCCGUGCGUAAAAGCGGAACCACAGUUCCAGCUGCAUGUUUGCUUUGGUUACUGUGGGUUUGUCUUGCACUCUUUGAUUUGUUGGGGGUUUGUGGUUAAUAUUUGACUCUUUAUGUCUCCGUCUCCUCAGGUGUGGUUUCAGAACCGCAGGAUGAAAGACAAGCGCCAACGUCUGGCCAUGACGUGGCCUCACCCGGCGGACCCGGCCUUCUACACCUACAUGAUGAGCCACGCGGCGGCCACGGGGAACCUGCCCUACCCCUUCCCAUCGCACCUGCCUCUGCCUUACUACUCUCACCUGGGUGUUGGAGCUGGCUCUGCUCCCGCCGCCACCCCUUUCUCCAACCCCCUGCGCUCCCUGGACAGUUUCCGCAUGCUGUCUCACCCCUACCAGAGGCCGGAGCUGCUGUGCGCGUUCAGACACCCCUCCCUGUACCCCGGACCCCCGCACGGCCUCGGUCCCGGAGGAAGUCCCUGCUCAUGCCUGGCCUGUCACUCCAGUCAGUCUAACGGAAUCUCAACCAGGCCCUCUGGAUCGGACUUCGCGUGCUCUCCAACCAGCAGGACUGACGCUUUUGUCACUUUUACGCCCUCAGUGCUCAGCAAAUCCUCACCUGUGACGUUAGACCAGAGGGAGGAGGUGCCUCUGACCAGAUAAAACCAAAACUCUUCCUCUAAAACAAGCCUUUACCAUAAGCUUUUUAACCUAACGUAUUCGUAUAUCAGGACUGAAACAGCAUGAAGAGGUCGCCUGUCAGCAGUGAAACCAGCUUCAACUUGGGCCAAGACAAUUAGCCAGAUCUUGAGCUAUGUGACGCACAACGGAUCUCCCAUUACUGACGAAUAAUAAUCCCAUUGCAGAGUCAAGACAGCGGGCUGAAAGAUGACGGCAUGGACACAAAAGCAGAUUUGAUUUU